AUGUCGAAGUGCGCUGCUUGCGGGAAAUUUGUAAGUCCGGCUGACAUUAUUAAAUGUAGCAGUUGUGCUAAUAUUUAUGACAGAAUAUGUUUAAAGUUAUCCAAAAGCUAUAAAGUAUCUCCAAAAUGGCUUUGUCCGGGCUGUACUUCUAAACAACCACGAAAAGAUAAUACGGAGACUCCGAUUAAGGUGCAAACAGAAAUAAGCCAGAGUAGUUCCUCGAACUCAUCACCUUCUAGUUGCAGUGGCUGUGAUGCUACAAGUAAGAUGAUAGAGGAGUUACGUACGGAAAUUGUCGCUAUGCGCAACGAAUUUGUAAACUUUGGAACAAAGUUCGACAGGCUUUACCUUGCCGUCAGCGACUUAAGUAAGCGAGUUGAUGGAAUAGAGAGUCGAGUGGCUAAUCUCGAAAAAGACGAAUGCAUGGAAAAAUAUAAGGAUGAGAACAAAAAGCUUAGCGACACAUUGGAGCGUCUUAAGUUCGAGUUGAAUGAUCGUGAUCAGGAACAGCUCCUUACUGAUGUAGAAAUAAGUUGUAUACCUGAGCAUAAGGGUGAGAACGUGACUCAACUUGUUAUGCUUAUUGGUGAAAAAUUAAACGUGAAAAUUGAAGAACAGGACAUUGUAAGCAUCCAGCGAAUGGGUCCACUGCGAGGUUAUAUAGAAGGAGAAGGCGCUGUUCAGCCACGACCACUUGCUGUGCGCUUGGCGCGCCGAACGCUGCGCGACCGUCUGUUACAAAGCGCGCGUGUCCGUCGCAGUGCCGAUACUACAGGUUUUGGCCUGCCGGGUUUGCCGAAAAAGUUCUAUAUAAAUGAGCGUCUUACCCGUAUAAAUCGCCAGUUAUUCUUCAAGGCCCGUCAAAUGGGCUCUAAGAGCGGUUGGAAAUAUGUGUGGACACGAGACGGUCGCAUUUACGCGCGACGAGAUCAGAACACGGAGGCACGCAGAAUAAGAUGUGAAAUCGAUCUUGUCAAGUUUUUUGGCGAACCGGUGGUUGGCUAG